AUGCAGGCUCUGACAAUGAUGAAAUGCCAUACUCCUUGGAGAUAUCUGUCCACCCACCCUCCCAGCAUCAAAACCCCACCGACAUCUACCUCUCCCCUCUCCCACUACCACAUUCACCCCACCGGCACCUACCUCUCUCCUCUCCUACUACCACCAUCACCCCACCGACACCUACCUCUCUCCUCUCCUACUACCACCAUCACCCAACCGACACCUACCUCUCCCCUCUCCGAGGAGCACCCACCCACCGACAUCUACGUCUACUCUCCUACUACCACCAUCACCCCACCGACACCUACCUCUCCCCUCCUACUAAUACGCUAUCACCCCACCGACACGUACCUCUCUCCUCUCCUACUACCACCACCACCCCACCGACACGUACCUCUCUCCUCUCCUACUACCACCAUCACCCCACCGACACGUACCUCUCCUACUACCACCAUCACCCCACAGACACCUACCUCUCCCCUCUCCUACUACCACCAUCACCCCACCGACACCUACCUCUCCUACUACCACCAUCACCCCACAGACACCUACCUCUCCCCUCUCCUACUACCACCAUCACCCCACCGACACCUACCUCUCCUACUACCACCAUCACCCCACAGACACCUACCUCUCCCCUCUCCUACUACCACCAUCACCCCACCGACACCUACCUCUCCUACUACCACCAUCACCCCACAGACACCUACCUCUCCCCUCUCCUACUACCACCAUCACCCCACCGACACCUACCUCUCCUACUACCACCAUCACCCCACAGACACGUACCUCUCCGCUCUCCUACUACCACCAUCACCCCACCGACACCUACCUCUCCUACUACCACCAUCACCCCACCGACACCUACCUCUCCUACUACCACCAUCACCCCACCGACACCUACCUCUCCGCUCUCCUACUACCACCAUCACCCCACCGACACCUACCUCUCCUACUACCACCAUCACCCCACCGACACCUACCUCUCCUACUACCACCAUCACCCCACCGACACCUACCUCUCCUACUACCACCAUCACCCCACCGACACCUACCUCUCCUCUCCUACUACCACCAUCACCCCACCGACACCUACCUCUCCUACUACCACCAUCACCCCACCGACACCUACCUCUCCUACUACCACCAUCACCCCACCGGUACCUACCUCUCCUCUCCUACUACCACCAUCACCCCACCGACACCUACCUCUCCUCUCCUACUACCACCAUCACCCCACCGACACCUACCUCUCUCCUCUCCUACUACCACCAUCACCCCACCGACACCUACCUCUCCUCUCCUACUACCACCAUCACCCCACCGACACCUACCUCUCCUACUACCACCAUCACCCCACCGACACCUACCUCUCCUACUACCACCAUCACCCCACCGACACCUACCUCUCCUCUCCUACUACCACCAUCACCCCACCGACACCUACCUCUCCUACUACCACCAUCACCCCACCGACACCUACCUCUCCUCUCCUACUACCACCACCCCCCCACCGACACCUACCUCUCCUCCUCCUACUACCACCAUCACCCCACCGACACCUACCUCUCCUACUACCACCAUCACCCCACCGACACCUACCUCUCCUCUCCUACUACCACCAUCACCCCACCGACACCUACCUCUCCUACUACCACCAUCACCCCACAGACACCUACCUCUCCGCUCUCCUACUACCACCAUCACCCCACAGACACCUACCUCUCCUCCUCCUACUACCACCAUCACCCCACCGACACCUACCUCUCCUACUACCACCAUCACCCCACCGACACCUACCUCUCCUCUCCUACUACCACCAUCACCCCACCGACACCUACCUCUCCGCUCUCCUACUACCACCAUCACCCCACCGACACCUACCUCUCCUCUCCUACUACCACCAUCACCCCACCGACACCUACCUCUCCGCUCUCCUACUACCACCAUCACCCCACCGACAUCUACCUCUCAGCUCUCCUACUUCCACCAUCACCACACCGACACGUACCUCUCCGCUCUCCUACUACCACCAUCACCCCACCGACACCUACCUCUCCCCUCCUACUACCACCAUCACCCCACCGACACCUACCUCCCCUCUCCUACUACCACCAUCACCCCACCGGUAUCUACCUCUCUCCUCUCCUACUACCACCAUCACCCCACCGACACCUACCUCUCCUCUCCUACUACCACCAUCACCCCACCGACACCUACCUCUCCUACUACCACCACCACCCCACCGACACCUAUCUCUCCGCUCUCCUACUACCACCACCACCCCACCGACACCUACCUCUCCUACUACCACCAUCACCCCACAGACACCUACCUCUCCUACUACCACCAUCACCCAACCGACACCUACCUCUCCGCUCUCCUACUACCACCAUCACCCCACCGACACCUACCUCUCCGCUCUCCUACUACCACCAUCACCCCACCGACACCUACCUCUCCUACUACCACCAUCACCCCACAGACACCUACCUCUCCUACUACCACCACCACCCCACCGACACCUACCUCUCUCCUCUCCUACUACCACCAUCACCCCACCGACACCUACCUCUCCUACUACCACCAUCACCCCACCGACACCUACCUCUCCUACUACCACCAUCACCCCACCGACACCUACCUCUCUCCCCUCCUACUACCACCACCCCCCCACCGACACCUACCUCUCCUACUACCACCAUCACCCCACCGACACCUACCUCUCCUACUACCACCAUCACCCCACCGACACCUACCUCUCCGCUCUCCUACUACCACCACCACCCCACCGACACCUACCUCUCUCCUCUUCUACUACCACCAUCACCCCACACACACCCAAACACGUGA